AAUCAUUUUUCAACGCAUUCUCAUUUCCGGGUAACAUAAAACGUUUAUUUUUGGCAAGCAAUAAAACCGAGAAUCUAUCUUGUAUUGACAUUUUAAAGACUCAUGCAUGCGUUCUAAUCAUAAUUGGACAAAGAAUGUUGUACAGUACUGGUCAGCCACUACAAAACCCUAAAAAUCUUGACGAAGUAAAUUUAUCAUAUGCUAUGAUCCGCAAUGGAUCAUUGGUUGUCGAUUUCUUUUUUGUCAUCAGUGGCUUCCUAACUUUUUAUUUUCUCUAUGAUGAACUAGUCAACACAAAAAUCAUAAAUAUACCAUUACUCUUGCUAUGGAGAUGGUUGAGACUAAUGCCUGUAUAUGGGUUAAUGAUAGCUUUUCAUACAUUUGUUUUAUUACACUUGGCUGAUGGUCCAUUAUGGAAAAAAAUAGCAAUUCAAGAAUCAGUAAACUGUCAAAAUAGUUGGUGGAGCAAUUUUCUGUUCAUAAAUAACUACGUACAUGCGGACCAUCCAUGUAUAAUUCAAUCGUGGUAUUUGGCGUGUGACAUGCAAUUGUUCAUCGCCGGUAUUAUACUUGUGUAUUUGGUGUGGAAGUACCAAAAUUAUGGAGUCUACUUAAUGUGGGCUACGAUAUUUCUGUCGUGUAUAAUCCCGGCUUUUGUCGUAUACACUCAUCAAUUUUAUCCGACAAUUUUAAGUUAUAUUUC